GCCAGAAGCCCAGGCAGCAUGGACCUCGCUCUUCUGUGGGUGCUUCUGCCACUGGUCACCGUGGCCUGGGGCCAGUAUGGUGACUACGAGUACCCGUACCAGCAGUACCAUGAGUAUAGCGACGAUGGGUGGGUGAAUCUGAACCGGCAGGGCUUCAGCUACCAGUGCCCCCAGGGGCAGGUGGUGGUGGCCGUGAGGAGCAUCUUCAACAAGAAGGAAGGUUCUGACAGACAAUGGAACUACGCCUGCAUGCCCACGCCCCAGAGCCUCGGGGAGCCUACGGAGUGCUGGUGGGAGGAGAUCAACAGGGCUGGAAUGGAAUGGUACCAGACAUGCUCCAACAAUGGACUGGUGGCAGGGUUCCAGAGCCGCUACUUUGAGUCAGUGCUGGAUCGGGAGUGGCAAUUUUAUUGCUGUCACUACAGCAAGAGAUGCCCAUAUUCCUGCUGGCUGACAACGGAAUAUCCAGGCCACUAUGGUGAGGAAAUGGACAUGAUUUCCUACAAUUAUGAUUACUAUAUGCGAGGAGCAGCAACCACUUUCUCUGCAGUGGAAAGGGAUCGCCAGUGGAAGUUCAUAAUGUGCCGGAUGACUGACUAUGACUGCGAAUUUGCAAACGUGUAGAUUUUCCACGUGCCGAAUCUGGGUGAAGGGC